AUGCAGUCAGACAAGCCAAUUGCUCAGAAUCGAUUGAUUCAGGCUUUCGUUUACAUCGAGCCACCAAUACCAGUUCAAGUCCCUGGGCACAUAUCGACAGAAGAUUUCGAAUUCUCUCCCACAUCAUUCACACUAAUCACUACUCCAAAUGAAGCAGUGCUAGUCGAUGCUCCGCCCCUUGUCCUCCAAGGGGAGCGACUUGCGAAAUGGAUAGCCGCUAUCCUUUCAGGCAGAAAAUUAAGCACCAUUUAUGUCACCCAUGGUCAUGGCGACCACUUCUUUUCUGCAGGACUUAUCCAAAAGCGUUUUCCUGGGGCUCGCAUCCGGGCAACUAAAGAAACAUUCAUCCACAUGCAGGAGCACCUUUCCGACAAGAUGUUUGACGGUAUAUGGACCGAGAUUUUCAACGAUCUAAAGCACAAAGGCCGCCCUAAACUCAAGGUAAAUGUCUUACCAUCAAGGGAUAAUACUUUCGUGGUGGAAGGUCAUAGGUUUUGCGCAAUUCCUGUUGCUGGUGGAGAUACAGUAGCUUCUACAGUGCUGCAUAUGCCGGACCUCAAUCUCAUCAUCGCGGGGGACGUUAUAUACGGAGAGUGUCAUCAGCAUCUCGGCGAGAAUCCAACCUCUGAACUCCGGCAGAAGUGGUUACAAGCCAUUAAUCAGGUUGUCAAGCUGCAGCCAAAGGUCAUCGUGCCAUCUCAUAUGCAGCCUCAUGAAGACUUUGGCUUACACCAUUUGGAGAACACAAGAGAUUACAUCAAAACCUGGGAUGAGAUGGUUAAUAGAACUCAAUCAUAG